GCGCGCCCGCUUCCCGGCACCGGGACUCAUUCGGUCACGAUCCCUUGAAGCCUCCAACGUCAAGUCCCAACAGCUCGACUCAUAAACGUUUCCUGAAUAUUUCAUGAUCGGCAGCUCGACGCGUCUCAUAAGGCAGGAAAGAGUCGGGCAACGGGGGGCAGCGACCCCUCUGAGACGAGAGUCUCUAGAGAUGGAGGAGGGAGCAGGAGGAUCCCAGCUGGGGCGGGAGGACGUGGCGACCAAAAGGCCCCGCAGAAGAAAGAAGGAGAAAGGGCAGAGCAUGGAAGUUAAAGACAAGGAGCAGGAGAAGAAGAAGAGGAAGAGAAAUCGGAGAAGAAAAAAGAGCAUCUCAAACGUGAGAGGAGGUGCAGGGGCCAAAAGUGAAAAUGCAGAAAAAGACAAGAUGGAGGCUGUGGAGGCGACAGGCAGCAAAACUCCCGAGAGCGUUCCUUCAGAAUCUCCACGUGUGGAUCCUCCGGCUGAAGACGACCCGCCGAGAGGAGAACCCCGAGGAGACGUCAGGACCGCGCAAGCUCAGACUCAGACGAGGAAAAGUAGAGGCACGAGCAGGAACACGCAAACUCCAGUUGUUGUGCAGAGCAGCAAGGACACGCAGACUGACUUCGCAAUGCUGGAACAAGACGACGCGAACAACGGAAAGACUCGACCUGGAGCGAACGUCGCCGCAGAGACGCAGUUACAACAAGACGGACGCGCACCUGAACCGGUGCUGCGAGACGACAGCGCUGGUCACAUGCCGGUGUCUCAACACGGGAAUCCAGCGUCAGAUUCAGCAAAGAAGCAAAACCCUGAGAACGAGUCGAACUCUGCAGAGGAGGUUCCCUCUGCGGGAGUCUCAGAGAAGGUUCCCUCUGCAGGGGUCUCAGAGAAGGUUCCCUCUGCAGGGGUCUCAGAGAAGGUUCCCUCUGCAGGGGUCUCAGAGGAGGUUCCCUCUGCAGGGGUCUCUGAGGAGGUUCCCUCUGCGGGAGUCUCAGAGGAGGUUCCCUCUGCGGGAGUCUCAGAGAAGGUUCCCUCUGCAGGGGUCUCUGAGGAGGUUCCCUCUGCAGGGGUCUCAGAGGAGGUUCCCUCUGCAGGGGUCUCAGAGAAGGUUCCCUCUGCGGGAGUCUCAGAGGAGGUUCCCUCUGCGGGAGUCUCAGAGAAGGUUCCCUCUGCAGGGGUCUCUGAGGAGGUUCCCUCUGCAGCGGUCUCAGAGGAGGUUCCCUCUGCAGGGGUCUCAGAGAAGGUUCCCUCUGCAGGGGUCUCUGAGGAGGUUCCCUCUGCAGCGGUCUCAGAGGAGGUUCCCUCUGCAGCGGUCUCAGAGGAGGUUCCCUCUGCAGGGGUCUCAGAGGAUGUUCCCUCUGCAGGGGUCUCAGAGGAGGUUCCCUCUGCAGGAGUCUCUGAGGAGGUUCCCUCUGCGGGAGUCUCCGGCGAUCCAAAAGGCUCCGGACUGACGUCUUACGCCGGAGCUGUGUCCGGAGAGGGGAAGAGCGAGAAACCUUCCAACGCGUCAGUCGACAAGACGGCAGAUAAAACCACAAAAAUGCCCCAGAGCACACGCGAUCGAAACCCAGUGACAGCUCCGCCGCCAGCAGGUCCCAUGUUCACCUUCCACGUCUAUGCCGUGCUGGAGAAAAAGUUCAGAUUCAACAAAGAGCAUGACGAGCUCGUACUGUUUUACUCAGGAGGGUAUAAACCCCUGACAGUGACACACUUUGUUGGAGUCGGACAGGAAGGAUAUCUUAUAGAAGCAAGAUUAUCCGUUGAAGAAAGCAACCUGGUGAGAGGAAACUGGCUGCGUUAUGGUUAUGGUGUGAAGCAAAGACAAAAAGAAUUAAUAGAAGUCGCCACAAGACAUGUUCAAUUUCCUCCAAACUCCAACAUUAAAGAGUUGCACCUCUACGAAGGCCUCAUCAGUCGCCAUGAGGAGCGAGGUUUCUGGAAAACUGGCCUCAACAUUGUUGGAUGGAAGCGAUCGAAAGGCGCGGAGACCUCAGAUGCCUGGCAGGCGUCCGCGAGAACGCUGCUGGACAGAAUCUUCCAGAAGUGGACUCCCUCAGACAAACAGAGCACCGAGAGCCUUGGCGACCACUUGAUGCAUUUUGCGUCGAGUCUCGGUUCCGCACAUUCAAGGUUGACUUUCGAAGACGAAACAAAACCUACCGAGAUCAUGACAUCAGAGCUGAUUUCAGAGGGUUUGGUUCGGAUCUUGAAGGGAGAUCCCACGGAGAAGCUCCCGGGAGGCGCCAACCCUCUUCUUCUGGGUCUGUCUGUUUUCACGGUGACCAGAAAGUGUGGAAUCAACCUCGGAGUGAAAGGCUGGGCGGAGCUGUGCGUCCUGGUGUCGUCAGAGGCCGCGAUGGAGAAGAAAAACCUGGACGCGUCGCUCAGUUCCUUCCAAAGUCUACAACAUACCGUGUUGGGUUUGAUAAACCUCUGCGCUCAUCACAUGGUGCCGGAGCUCGUCCUGCUCGUUCCUCUGCUCCUCAGACUCAGACAGUCGGGAGCUGGCGCGACAAAAGUGGGUCCAACUGUCGAGGAGGAGAACUGGUCCGGACUCGAGGGCGUCCAGUUCAUCCGGUUCAGAGAGAUCGUUCAGUCCUGCCCCGACAAACGGAGGAAGAUGAUGACUCUGACCAAGUCGCAACUGUCGCUGGCCAAAGAGACGCCUCUGCUUCUGAUUGGCUGGCUGUCUGUGUUCGCAUUGGAGGACCUUCCUGAAUUCUCCGACCUGACUGGGAUACCUGCCGAACACCUGAUUCAGAGUCUGUUGUACAGGCUCCGGACAUGUGCAGACACGAGGGACAACAACAGAGUGCGGGAGAUUGUAAAGCAUGCUCAAACAACCUUGAAUCACAUACUGAAGAAGGUGGACGAAGAGAAGGACAGAAUGGUUGAAUGUGGAAAUAUCGGCCCAGCCUUCCUGAGCAGCGUCGGUGUGGCGAAGAGCACCUGUCGACUUGUGCGACUCGUCCCGUGGUACCAGGCGGUGGUCCUGUCCCACCAGCUCGUGUUGAAACUGGCGGACGUUUCUGAUGCUGCACUGACAAAACAGUCUGAAGAUGAUACAUUUGAGACCUCGAAGCCGCAGCAGCUCCUGGACAAGCUGCUCGUCAUGCAGCAGCAAAUCAGCGAGUGGAGAGACGACCUGCUGCAGAAACCACUGGUGACGGCGUCCAAAGCUCUCGCCUACCCAAAGGAAAUUGAGAUGUGGAAUGCGCUGCUCAACGUGGAAUGUUCCAUCGAGGGAGUUUCAUCGCAAUGGACUCAGAGCCUCACAAAAGACCUGAGGAAAAGGAUUUCCAGGGCGAGUGAGGAGGAUCAGGUUCUGCUGUGCUGCCUGGAGACGACCACGGCAGCUGUAAGGAGAAGCAGCGUCGCUGUACAGGCCUGUUUCCACGAGCUGUGUCAGUCUGCCAUCAAGUCAAUCUGCCAGCGCGGGCAGGCCGGCGACCUGAUGCGCAGUCUCAGCUCCAGGGUGAAAGAUCUUCCCGUAGUCGUCCUGUCUGCUGUCGUGGUUCAGUCGGCGGCUCGAUUCCGAGACGACCCGGUGGUGCAGCUGCUGGAUUCUCAGUCCGCCGCGAGCCACCUGCUCUUACAAGGCGACUGGAAGUCGAUCCAGGUGGACGACUCCGCAGGGCAGGUCGUGCACAGCUGCGUGGUGGCGGUGAAAUCUCUGGUGGAGUCUCUGCUCCUCGGACACGUGGCCCUCGGACACCUGCAGACCUGCCUGAAACACAAAGAGCAGUUUAAAAAACUUUACCUGCAGUACAAGAAAAAUACCGCGUCUAUAACCGUUCCUGUCGGUGCCGAGGUCGUUCUGGCUCAGAGAGAGAAGGAUCUCAACUCUUUCCUCCAGAGGAAAAAGCAGAUGGACACGCUGAUAAAGAUGAUGGCGAAGGUGAAAGAAAGCAUCACGGUUCCCGAGAUGCGUACUCUCGAGGAGCAGCACAGUGCCGAUCUCCAGACUGUCGCUCUCAACCAACUGGUGCUGGUUCAAUCCUUUGACGCUGAGGGGAAGUUGACGAAGGCAGGUCCUGCGCAGAUCCUCUGGUACAACACCAGUCUGAAUGUCUUGAAAAUGGCCAGUGAGAUGCACAAACUGCAUCAAAGCAACCUGAUCCUCUCCUCGUGGGUCAAGGGGGCAGCGUCUUUGGCGUCGGCGAGGCGACCGUCCCCCGCGCCUGUUGCUGUAACCCUGACGCAGGUCUGCGAACACAUCUGGAACCCGCUGCUGACAGAGUUCUGUCAGCUCGGCGUGAGCGUCGUGAACGCAAACGUCACCAUUGAGCAGCUCGAUCGGGUUCUGGUGGAGUCUGGGGACCGGGGGGACUGGAUGCUGAUGAAGAAGGAGCUGAGUCUGAUGUCGGAGAUGAUUUCUGAAUCGGGACAGUUCCCGCCCGCGGAGAAGUGGGUGGUGGCGAGGCUCGGUCAGAUCCAGGAGUACUCGCAGCUCCACGAGGCAGCGGCUGCAGCCAGUGCGAUGCUGAAGAUCGCUGACAAAAUGAAGCUCGCUGGGAACUUCACGGAAAUUGAGGCUCUCAGACAGCUGGAACAAGACUCCUUUAAGCAGAGGGUCCUGGGAUCCCUGAGCGAUGACCUGUUUUGUGCCAAACAUCAUCUGUCCGCAGUCACCAAGCAGCACACUCUCUGUCUGGAAGAGUUUCUGGCGAGCCAGACGCUGGUCAGCUGGGUCAAAGCGAACCUCAAAAAUAUGAGCGAUGUGAAGGUUUAUGUCGAACUGGCUUCCAUAUCUGCCGGAGAGAACGACACCGAGAUCGACCAGGUGGCCUGUUUCCACGAUGCGGUGAUGGGCUACGCGCCUCUGCUCUACUCCCUCUCCCCUCAGGCCGGCUUCCGAGAGUUCAUGAAGCGUGCUCGGCAUGUGUGGGACACCCAGAGUAGAGACGAGAAGCUACCGGACAAAUUGAGAGAGUCUACACGAUUACUGAGCUGGCUGAAAGCCUUGAAGGAGACCCACGGCUCCGUGGAGCAGUCCUCUCUCUCCCUGGCUUCUUCUAUCAAUGCCGAUGGGGUUUAUCACGUAGGAUGGUCUGAUGAGAACACCGAGAGGAGAUGUCUGCAGAACAUGGUGCAGGUCACGGUGGCCAAGGACGGAGAGGAGAAGAGCUACAAGCUCGAAGAGCUGCAGGAGCUUCAGAACAAACUCAUGCUCAUGUCGUCCAAAGGGGAGCACGGCAGAGAACAGGUCAACAGGUUCACAGAGGUUUUUGAAGGCGUUCAGAGACUUGGCGCCACCCUUCUUCAGAUGCAAACGUCUGGCAACAUGCUCUUCAGGGAAUGGCGUGCGGAGGUCAAGUGCUGUCCGCUGCAGCAACCGUGCAUCACAGUCACCUUCUUGUCCCUGAAGGGCAAACAGAUGCUGUACCACGGGGAGCUGACCGAGCAGCUACAGAAGAUGGCUCACUCCAUGGAUCGCUGCCAAAAAGAAUGGCGUUCCUUCGUCGGCGAGAUGCGCUCAAAGUUCAUCCUGCUGAACCACUACACCUCAGAGCAGAUGGUGUACCUUUGCUUCUGGAUACACAAAGUGUGCCAAUGGAACGUCACAGUUCCUCAACAAUUAUGGAAUUUACUUUUUUCCAUAAAGCCCCAGUGCACUCUUACUGAUGUCAGAGUCGCUUACGACAGCGCCGCAGGUAUGAUGUCAAAACAUGAUGAAUUAGAAGAUGAUGAGUCCGAUGAUGAAGAUCAAUGUCACAAAGCCUCCUCAGAAUUAAAACCACCUUCACCAGGACACACUGAAGAGGAAAUAGAAGAGAUUCAUGAUCUGAUGGAGUUCUCCUCAGAAGACGAAGAUGAAUGCGAGAUGAAAAGCGAUGACGAUCACACCGAGGACAGCCUUGAAAACCUCUGGAGACUAUUCAAGAAAGACAUGUCACAAUACCUCAAUGACUACAUAGACAUUUCCACUCUGGCCCACUUCCUCUCAUGCCUCUCUGACAUGAACCAACAACACAUGAUCAGGAACCUGCCACUGAUUCUCCAGGAGGGGAAGCCCAAUCUUUUGCUUUGUCCGAGUGCAGAAGUGUUCACCACCGUCCUGUCCCUCUACAUGGAGAGUCCAGAGCAGCCUCUGCCAUCUGCUGAUGAGGUUCUAGUCUGCAGAGAGGAGACCACAGAGGAGGAGGUGGAGAUCUUUCUCCGCCGAGCUCUCAGCCACGGCACUGAACAGAACUGUCAGAAGAUAUAUUGUCUCGUCAAUCCAGGGCUGCUGGGAUAUGAUGUCAGUGUGGCCCUGGGUGAGCUCUUUGAGGCCCUUGAGAGAAGCGCCAACCCACAGUAUCGUUUGGUAAUAGUCAGUCCUGUUGUGCACCAACACAAAUACGUGCCGUCUUUCUUCAGUAAUGACAAAGUCCAGGCCGGUGUGAGUCUAACAUCAGAAAAUGCCAGGAAAUAUCUCCAUCACCACUUCAGACAAAACACACUCACGCCAAACCCUGUGGCGCUGGUUUCUCCAGAUCAUCUGUCGGUCUGGAUGGUGUCGUCUGUACGUCCUGCAGUUGGGAAAUCCCUGUAUGUGAAUCGUUUGUUUGAGAAGUUUCAACAGAAAUCUUCUAGAGCCAAACACAUCAGGAUCCGACUGAUUGAGCCAUGUGUCGAUAUAGACUCGUUGAUCAAGAGCCUGUCAGAGACUCUGGCAACCUUGAGAGAGCAGGACCCAGUCCUUCUGCACAUCGACACCGCCGGAGUUCGUUCAGGCCUGGAGGAGCUGCUGUUCCGUCUGUUAGUUCUGGGCUGUUUGAGUGACAGCCAUGGGAUGCUGUGGAGAAGGAAUGUUACUCACUUGAUCACUGUUGAGGUCCUCAACACAUACUCAUCCCCUCAAAACCAGCCAAAAGAGAUGAGGUUUGGACUUCUGCACAUUCUGCCUACAAUCAAUUGCAAACCUCCAAAAGAGGUGAAGCAGUUGUUGGCGAAUCAAAGUGUUUUAAAGAAACACACCUUUGAUCCACUAAUGGAUGAGCAGGAGUUUUGCAGCAAGGAGAUUCAAAGACCCUAUCAAUACUUAAAGCUCUACAACAGCAAGCAGAAUCUGGAUCAUUUUAAGUACCAGGAAGGAUCCAGACUGGGGGAUCCCUUUGACUGUCUCAAAUACUUCCUGCUCUACUGUGGAAUGAAAGAUCCGUCUUGGGCUGAGCUCAAGAACUUCUCCUGGUUUCUCAAUGUGCAGCUGAAGGACUGUGAGAACUCCGUUUUCUGUGAUCCAGACUUUCUUGCUGACCAGCUGCCUGGUUUCAAGGGCUUCAUUGUGAAUUUCAUGAUUCUAAUGGCAAGAGAUUUUGCCUCGCCUUCCUUGAACACAUCUGAUGAAAGCCCCAUGCUGCAUGUUGAAAACAGUCUGGAAGACGACCUUCUUGCCCGUCUGACAAUUCGCAAGAGAUGGGAAAACGAGUCUCAUCCGUACAUUUUCUUUAAUGCAGACCGAUUCUCAAUGUCUUUUCUGGGCUUUAAUGUGAAGACACGAGGAAACACACUCAAUGCAGUUCAUCCUCACAGCGAUAAGGUCCUGAUACAGGAUGUGAUGACGCAAAAACUUUUCCAGGGUUUGGAAAGGCAGAGGAUCUCUCUCACUGAAGACUUUGAUCAGUUGCCCCGGCAAGACAAAAUCAAAAGGAUUUCCUGUGUUGUUGGUGCGAAGAAAGGAAUGAUGGACAUCAGAUUUGAUCCAGACCCAACAUAUGAGCUCACUGCCGACAAUGUGAUGAAGAUGCUGGCCAUAAACAUGAGAUUCCGGUGUGGAAUUCCAGUUGUCAUCAUGGGAGAGACUGGUUGUGGAAAAACACGACUGGUCCGUUUCCUUUGUGCUCUGCAGAGGGAGGGAAGACCGGUGCAGAACAUGGUACUCGUCAAGGUACAUGGUGGCACCACAGCAGAGAUGAUCUACAGAAAGGUGAGGGAGGCGGAGAAACUCGCUGUGGGGAACCAGAGAAUGCACAAACUAGACACCAUUUUGUUCUUUGAUGAAGCCAACACCACUGAGGCCAUUUUUGCCAUCAAGGAAAUCCUGUGUGACCAAUCAGUGAAAGGAAACCCUCUGAAAGCAGAUAGUGGCUUAAAGAUAAUAGCUGCUUGCAAUCCCUACAGGAAGCACUCACCUGAAAUGGUGGAGCGUUUGGAACGAGCAGGGUUAGGAUACAGGGUGAAAGCAAAUGAGACAGAAGACCGCCUGGGCAAAGUCCCUCUGAGGCAGCUGGUGUACAGAGUCCAACCUCUGCCACCAAGCAUGGCUUCUUUGGUGUGGGAUUUUGGUCAGUUGAGUGAUUCAACUGAACUCUCCUACAUUCAACAGAUUGUUCAGAAGAAAGUUGCUGACAAUUCUUUGCCAGUAAUCUGCAGGAGCGUAAUUUCAAAUGUGCUGGCAGCCUCCCAGAAAUACAUGCGAAGUCGGAAAAAUGAGUGCAGUUUUGUGAGUCUCAGGGAUGUGGAGAGAUCUAUGAAAGUGCUAGUUUGGUUUUACCAGCACAGCGAGGUCCUUUUCAACGACUGCUCUCAUCUCAACGAGAUUGAUAAAACACUGAAGUGCCUGAUUCUUGCUAUUGGUGUCUGCUACUAUCCGUCUUUGGUGGCCAAAGACGAGUACCUUGCUGUGAUUUGCAGGUACUUUCCAGAGCAUCUCUGCUCUUCAGCCGCAUUGCAGGAAGAGAUUUCAUCCAGUCAAGACUUCUUCCUGCAGAACGUACAGACAAGGGAGACCAUUGCCAAAAAUGUUGCACUCAAAGAGAAUGUGUUUCUCAUGGUGGUUUGCAUUGAGCUCAGGAUCCCACUCUUUCUGGUCGGUAAGCCAGGCAGCUCUAAGUCACUUGCUAAAACAGUGGUUGCUGAUGCCAUGCAGGGCCAGAACUCCCACUGUGAACUAUUCAAAAAACUCAAGCAAGUGCAUAUGGUCUCCUUCCAGUGCAGUCCUCACUCAAGUCCAGAGGGCAUCAUUGGGACGUUCAGGAACUGUGCCCGGUUUCAGAAGGACAAAAACAUGGAAGAGUAUGUAUCAGUGGUGGUGCUUGAUGAGAUUGGACUUGCCGAAGAUUCACCUCAGAUGCCUCUGAAGACCCUUCAUCCUCUCUUGGAGGAUGGAUGCAUUGACAAUGACAAGCCAGAUCCAUACAUGAAGGUUGGCUUUGUGGGCAUCUCCAACUGGGCUCUCGACCCAGCAAAGAUGAACAGAGGAAUAUUUGUGUCCAGAUGGGAUCCAAGUGAGGACGAACUUGUGCAAACUGCCAAGGGAAUCUGUUCAUCCUCCAAUCAAAUCCUCCUGAAGAUCGCACACCUCUUCCAACCUUUGGCAAAGGCCUUCUUGAGCAUCUGCAGUGAGACCUCAAAGAAUCAGUUCUUUGGUCUAAGGGAUUAUUACAGCCUCGUCAAAAUGCUCUUUGCCACAGUCAAAUCCACGCAACAAGAGCCAGAUGGUGGACAAUUGGUGGAGGCCAUCUUGUGUAACUUCAGUGGACAGCCUGAGGAUUUUGACCCUGUAAAAUUUUUCCAAGAGGUCCUCCAAGACCUUACAGAAAUUGCCAGACCAAGUACCUUGCGAAUGGUGAAAAAGAAUCUUGAUUUGGACACCGACCUGGAGAGCCGUUAUCUACUUUUGCUGACCACCAACAACGCAGCCCUCCAUAUCCUUCAGCAACAAGUCUUUGCCAAAGGAGACUACACCCAGCCUGAAAUAAUCUUUGGCUCAGGAUUCCCAAAGGACCAGGAAUAUGCCCAAAUCUGCCGUAAUGUGAACCGAGUGAAAACAUGCAUGGAGACUGGUCGCACUGUCAUUCUCCUCAACAUGCAGAAUCUUUAUGAAAGCCUGUAUGAUGCUUUGAACCAGUACUAUGUUUACCUCAGCAAACAGCAAUACGUUGAUCUAGGUCUUGGUUCCCACAGAGUUAAAUGUCGUGUCCAUACAAACUUCAGACUGGUGGUAGUGGAAGACCAGAAGAAGGUCUAUGAGCACUUUCCCGUGCCACUCAUCAACAGACUGGAAAAACACAGGCUAGAUAGGAGUACUGAUCUGGAACCAUGGCAACACAGGGUUCUUCAGAAACUGAAGGAAUGGGUGAAGGAAUUCUCGGGUGAGGCCACAGAGGGUUUCAUGUUGUCUGACAUUUUUGUUGGCUUUCAUGGCGAUGCCUGUGCCAGCGCUCUCCUGCAAGCCCUUGAAAGGAGAGCACAAAAAGUCGAAGUCAGCCCAGAAGGACAACAUCAACGUGAUGAAAAAUGUGACUCACUGGAAGAAGAUGAGAGAAUUGAAACCCCUGAGUCGAGUUCUAAUGGGCUGAAAGAGGCAACUGAGGAGUUGGGUGGUGCCAUGGACAUAGAGAUUGCUGGCAAAGAGCAAGUAACUGAGGCAGUGGAAAAGACUGAUGAUGAAUCCACUGAGAUGUGCGACGAUGAGACCAAAGCGAUAUCUGAGAGUGAAGAAAUGAUGGAGUCAGAAAACAACGUUGAGUCUCCUGCGGUAAAUGAGGAAGAGGAAGUCUUUGAUCUAGCCAAAUGUCUUUUGCUGAACUGUGCCACCCCUGAUGCUGUGGUCAGGCUCAAGUAUUCAGAUUUGUCAAACCAGGAGAAGGAGAAACUCCAGAGAAUGUACUUUCAGCAACAACAUCACCACUCACUGCGAGAUCUCCUGGAGGAUUGCCUGAACACGUCUCAGGGGUCCAACAGGUUUCUAGAGAUAACUACAUUCUCCAGCUUGUUAACGAGAUCAGAUGUCAAGGUUGUAGCCCACGCUCUGGGGCUGCAUACAGACAUGAUCCUCCUGCUCUCGCUCCACCAGUUUGACACCGAAGUCUCCUUCUGCAACACGAUACGGGGCUUUAUCCAAGAUGCUGGCCACUCUCCUAACAUCCUAGUAAUUCAGAUGGACCUUGAGGAAUCCCACUGCAGUGGCGAGCUCAUGGCAUCAGCAAAAUAUUGCACCAUGAACUCCUUGAUGCCACUGCUAGAUCAGACCUGUUGGGUGAUUUUCAUCGUCAAGGUUUCUAGGAUCCCAAGUCAGUCUCAGUACAUUGGUUUCCAAGGAGGAUUCUGGCAGUCAGUGCAUAUUGAUGACCUGAGGGAUUCAGAGGACAUGAGCCUGAACCUGUUGGUUUUCUGUGGAACCCUCAUCAGCAACCUGCUCAACCCUACACCGACAGAGCAAAAGGGCGAUGGAGAGAGGGACAGAAACGACUCUCAGGCAGAUGUAGCCCACCUCCACAGUCUGUCCUUGGUGAGAUCAUGUAUCCAAAAAGCUGUUGGUUUGCUGAGGGACCCCAGUGGCGUGACAUCGCGAAGCAUGCAGCGGAUGAACAUCCUCCUGACUCUUCUAGGAACUGGUCAGUGUCACAUAGGAGCUCACUUUCAGAGGGUGUUGUUGAGUCGACUGGCCGAGGCCUUGGCCCAGAGAGAAGAAAGGAUGAGCUCCCCCAAGGAGUGGGUGAGCAUAGAAGCCAAGAAACGACAAGCUCUGCAAGAGGGAGGAACUCUGAGACACACGCUGUGGCGCCGUCUUCAGUCCGCCGUGAUUCCCAUCUUGGCCAGUAUGUUGGAGGCGAUGGACAGAUUCGCAAAUCUGGACCUGCUCUCCGAUCAGACGCUGAGCCGCGGCCUGACGACGCUGUGGCUGGACAUCCUGGCAGACUCGCAGGUCUUAGACCUGACGCCUCUUCAAAAACCAAGUGGGUCCGACCAGGAAGUGCUGGUGCAGCACCACUUCCUGUUGGAUGGUGAAGAACAACCCUGCUCUGCCCCGUUCAGCUCGCUCAUCACGACGCACCUGGAGAGCCUGUGGGCGGAAUCUGAAUUCAUGCCGGUAACGACAGAUGACGGCACGGAGAGGAUUCUCCAGUUUGUGAGCGCCUUCGACAGCAGCCGGCUCUGCGGUCACCUGAACAAACUCUCGGACGGGGAGCGUCGGGAGUUCGGACAUCUCUACCUGCGAGACUUCCUGCUCAUUUCUCUGAAGAUCAAGUCCAAAGUGGAACUCCGGGUGUUGACCAGAUCCGUGUUGGGCUGCAUGUCCGAGCUUCAGUCCUCCGCUUGCGUCGCCCCCGACCUCUCACCCGCCUGGAUAAUGGCUGCUGCCAAACACUUUGCCCCCAGACUGGACACCCUGUGCCACAUAUUUCUGCUGCAGCCACAUCUCGCCACCGACGUCUUCCAGCAGGGGGCAAAGAGGGAGCUCCAAGAAAUGGUGGACGACAUUUCGGCUCUGGGUGUCUGUGUGGAACAGACAAAGCUGCUGACGCUGACGUCGCUGCCGGCGUGCGAGUCCUUUGUGAGCCGAGUGGAGCUCCUGCAGCCGUGUCUGGACCGAGCGCUCGGUCAGAAGUACAGCCGCCUCUGCAGCUCCGACUGCGUGCAGCAUCUGGACUCCAUCAGGUCGCUGUGGCACGGGAUGCUCGUCGUGGCGUCUUUCAUCCAGCACGUUGUUUUUAAAGUUCAACACAAUGACUCUCGAAUGAAGGAACUGGCUCUCAAACACUGCAACCUUCACCUGAACCUGAUGCAGGCGUCGCCUGAUGUGAGGAGCGUGGACACUUUGCGUCAGCUCAUCCGCAUCCUCAAUUCUUUCCACAACGAGUGCAUCGGCAGGGAGCUGAGGUUCGGCGUCUCGUGCGCAGUUUGUUUGUCGGAGCUCAGAGAACCGGCGGCUCUGCCGUGCCAACACGUCUUCUGUCUGCCGUGUGUCCGGCUCUGCCUGCAGCCGCACAAACGCUCGUGCCCCACGUGCAGGGCGGACGCGCCGCCCGACUUUGCGCCGACUGUUUCGCACACCAUCAAGGCGGCCCUUCAGCAGCAGGCGGCGGUCCGGACCUGCUGCAACUCCUUCUUCCUGGAGGUGGUGUCCAGGUUCUGCCUGUCAGAGGGGCAGCGGCCCGGGGACGGGGUGGUGGAGCUCCUCUUCUCGUUACUCGUCUCCGCUAACGGAGACGUGUACAGGACCAGAGAGCUCACGCCCUUCCUGGAGUGUGUGGACAACAGUCCCGUGGUCCGGUCGGUGCUGCCGAAGCUCCUGCUGCAGUACAGUUUCCAACAGGCGAAGACGCACGUGGAGACGUACCUGAAGAACCUGGAGGAGAAGCUCCUCGACACGGAGGACCACACGGAACUCUACCUGCUGUUCGUCAACUGCUUCCAGGACUCUCUGCUGUGCUCUGAUGCGCGAGCAGCAGACAGGAGUAGAGAGCAACAGACGCGAGCAGAAAUCACAUUCCUGAGCAGGUUCGCCAGGAAACAGGCUCCUGACAGACGCGGGAGGCCGGCAGAGUUCCUGCUCAGCAUGGCCCAGCUGAGGAUCUGUCUGAGCACGGCGGCCCGGCUCCUGGAGAACGCCGCGGUUCAAGGCAGCGGUGAAGAGGUGGAGGCUCAGUACCUGCGGCAGGUGCAGGCGGUGUGUCAGUACUGUGGAAACGACUGGCACAAGGUUUAUCUGCUGCGAGCGCUGCACAGACUCUCCGGCGUGGAGCGCAUCCUGUCUCUGAUGAACUGUCCGGACUGGAGGUGGCUGUUCCCCGCCGAGCUCGUUCGGCUUCAGACAAUGAUUCCGACCAGCGUGGACCAGUUCCUCUGCUGCGGGACGUCCUACCGGGCCACGAGAGACGCCGUGGCUCGGGUUCUGCUGGAGAACAGAGACGACGCCUUCCUUAAGGAGCUAAAGACGCUGAGAGGUUCUCGGAUCAGCCUCGUGGCCUUGGCCCUGUUCCGACACUUCACCUGCCGCUACAGAUCAGCUGACGUCAACGGGCGCCCGUCCCCGCAGGAGAGGGCGCGACUGGUGAAGCUUCUGAAAAACGUGAAAUCAUCCGGGGAGUUCAGGGAUUUCUGCGCUUCGCUCCUGUCGAACCAGAUCGGUGGACCGGGCUCGCGUGUCCGCGUCGACGAGGGUCUUUCUCCUCCGAGACGAACCGUCCUGGAGCUGCUGGUGCACCUGAGCUCCGUGCUGCUCGCUGGGAACGCGCUGCUGGCUCCUCUCCAUCAAGUGGCGUCGCAGCCUCACAACGUGACGAACUCCUUUCUGCCAACGAUGCCUGACGACCACUCGACUGAGGCCAGACAGUGGCUGCACCUAGAGAAGCUUGUGGAGUACACCUGUGCCAAUGGACACGUUUGCUUUGUGGGAGAGUGUGGUAAACCGGUGGUUUCCGGGAAGUGUCCCGACUGUGGAAUUCCAAUCGGCGGUGAUCGUCACGUCCCAGUCAGAGGGUUUAUUCCAAAGGCAGACGUGAGAGAUCGGACUCGGACGGGACACGUGUUGGGGGAAGCGGCUCGCAGGUCCGACGCCCCCGAGAGACAGAUGACGUCGGCCCAGUCCUGCGUCCUGCGGCUGCUCACGCACCUCGCCAUGCUCCAGGGCGCCAUACGAAAUGAGAGAGGAGUCGCGGACAUGAUCAGCCCGAGGCCGGUUGAUGUGUUCACCUUCCUGUGGAGCCACCUGGAGAAGGACGUGAGCGUGUUGGGGCAGACGUUGGAUCUGAACCUCGACAACGCGGCGGUGACGGUGCAUUUGGUUGUCAGCGGCUGCGCAGACUUCACAGCAGGUGCGAGAUCGGAUCUGUCCUCCAGAACGGGACGGCAGCGGUGGGAGAAGCUCGUCUGCGACUCUGCCAUCAACCCAGUGCUCCAGAAUUUGCAGGAGAGUCUGGCCGAAGCUCAGGACAGAAUCGGGGCUGACGACGGAAUCGCCGGAAGCCCCCUGAUGAAGCUUCUCUUCGGGGAUCCCAGCAGCAUGUUGUCGCUGCCGUCCGACUGCCCGACGCACCGCUCCGCCUUCUGGACGCUGCCUGAGAUCAUGACGGUGGAGCGCUUCUCCCAGCUGGUGGGAGAAGCGCCGGCACGCAGCUCUUUGCCUCUGCUGAGCGUCUUCCUCCAGAAGAUUAACUGUGUGAGACAGUUGCACCACCUCCCCGAGCUGGCCGCCCUCCAGUCGGACCUGCUCAGGGUGUUUCCUCUGACGUCGGACUCUGCAGACUCUCAGACCAUCGCGCAGAUCUUACAGCAGAUACCAGCAGGACACCAGAAGACGAUGCUGCGUCAGAGAGUGGAGAGAUUCCUCCGAGUGUGGAACUGCCUCAGGGCGGAGGUGGCAAACAGCUCAGCACACCUGGGUGUGGACGUUAACUUAUGUGCGAAGGAGGUGACGACCGAGAGCUCCGGGGAGUUUCUGGCGCCGCGGCGACACGGACCGGGGUCGUGUCUCCGAACGCUGGUCGACUUCCUGUCGGAGACACACAACGGCCUGGUGAGGGAGGCCCGGAGGGUGAGCAGCCAAGAGGACAGUGAACACAGCGUUUCGUUGGACAGGAUCUCAGAAACCCAGCUGACGCUGUGCAACCCGGAGAGGGAGCUGCUGCCUCUGGUGUUGGCUCACUGUCACUACACCUUGAAGAAAGGCCGCGAGACGGACCGCAGCUACGACCUGCCGGGGAUCCAAACCCAGCUGGCUCGCCGCUUUUUCACUGGAAAACCUCUCAUCAAAGCGGACACGGCGAGGUUCCUGAACAGACACCUGCAGGAUUUCUCCGUGGUUCUGUCCGAGGUCAGAGGAAAGAUUCGUCAGGAACCGCUGAAGGGUUCCGUGUGCGGCGCCACGAGGACGGUGCUGCGCUCGUACACGGAUGUCUGCGACGCCGUGUUCGUGGUGGAGAUCGGCCUGCGCUUCCUCGGCAAGACGGGCGGCGAUCCUCGGGGUCAGCUCUCGACCUACCUUGCUUAUGAUUUGCAGAUGCGCUCGCAGAUUUCCAGCACUGUGGCCAAGGGUCUCGGCGAGAGCAGACUGGAGCACAGCGUUUUCACCUGGCAGCUCCUGACGUGUUGGAAAUCUGAGCUCAUGCUGAACCGAAAGCAAGACCCGUUUCAGAAGCUGCCGUCAAAGUUCCGGCAGAAGCUGUCGGAGGACGACAGGCGGGGGCUGAAGGUUUUCCUCGCCGCCACUGAUGUCGAAGCGUUUUCUCUGGAGCUUCACGAAAUCCUGCUGCUGAAGACGAGCGAUGCGGCGCCCGACGCGUAUGAGCCGCACUGGGACAUCAGGUCCACCGUAGAGGUCCACUUGGAGCAGAAAGACCUUCCGCCUCUGCGGGCGCUCGAGUGUCUCCCGGAGGAGAUCACACUGGCUAAGGGGGCGGACGUGUGGAGGGCGGCGGUGGAGUUCAAAAGACGAUAGGUUCAUUUCUAGAGAGAAUAGACUGAAUUUGUUUCAUUUCAGAUCUUUUCCAUGUUUUAUUUUUUUGUUACAGUCUGAAAAAGGUUAUAAACUCAUUCCAUACAUGGAAAGAUUGUCUAACGCGCAAAAGGACCAAAGUGACAGACUGUUAAAUGACAGAAACAACUACAAAGAGAUGAGCAGAUGGAAGAAAAACAAAUACUGAGAGACACAAAAGGUAACGCAAGGAAAAGCAAAAUGGCCACAUUGACAAGAUAUCCACAAAGACACGCAAAAAAUAAUAAAUCAUCAUAAAGAGCAAUGUAGUUUGUAACAGGCCUGUGACCUGUCUGUGCCUCUGUUUUAUAACACAUCAAUCAUUCUAUAUGCAAAUGCACAUUUUAAGUAAUUCUGCUUUUUUCUCGUUAAAAUAUGGUAAAUGUUGUUUGUUUUUUUCGUCCCUAAGAUUCAAAUGAAGUGUAACAGUUAUUUAACUGUUUUGUUAUGUUCAGAUUGAUAAUAAGGUUUCAGGGGGGGAAUAAUAAUAAAUAAAUAAACCAUAAA